ACUUUGGGCCUUGAGAUUCAACAACACAUCAGUCAAAAGCUACACAAGAAACUGCAUCCGCCCAGCAUGGGCGCGGCUGGAACCGAUCAGCCCAAGGGCGCUCAUCACUACUACUCAGCCGACGAAGUGCCGUUCGCCAUAUCCAAAUAUUGGCACCAACGCUACAAUAUCUUCUCGAAAUACGACGACGGCAUCUGGAUGACAGACGACGCCUGGUUCGGCGUGACGCCGGAGCCCGUCGCACAAAAGAUUGCAGAACACGUUGCCACAGCUCCCGAAUCCAAGACGGUCCUCAUUGAUGCCUUUGCGGGAGCGGGCGGCAAUACUAUCGCUUUUGCACUGUCCGGCCGAUGGAAGCAAAUUUUCGCGUGCGAAAAGGAUCCGCAGGUGCUUGCUUGCGCUAAGCAUAAUGCUGAAGUGUAUGGUGUGGCUAAGAAGAUUUGGUGGAUCCAAGGAGACGUCUUCAAUGCGUUGUCGAAGCAAUUGAAGGGCUUGGCGAAGGACGCGGUGGUGUUUGGGAGUCCGCCGUGGGGUGGACCGACGUAUGCGGACUACGAAGUCUUCGAUCUGGCUCACAUGCAGCCGUAUUCACUCGACAAGCUCUACACCUCUUUCUCCGGCCCAGCGAGCCAUGUGGUCCUCUACUUGCCGCGCACUUCGGAUCUGAGACAACUGGUCAAGCUGGCGGAAGACGAUGAUAAGCUCAAAGUCACUCAUUACUGCAUGCAUGGAGCUAGCAAAGCGCUGUGCGUCUUUUUCGGCGACUUCGAGCUGGAUUGAGCGGGUAUCUGUCGUGAGGCAUUUCAAAAUCGCGCAUGGUCGCGUAGCCCGCCACACUAUCAAGCGCGGGCACUUCAAUUAAAGGACAGUGAUGACAUUCUUCCCAGCAGCGCUGAAAUUCAGCAUCACUUACUUGGAUGGUGGGAUGCAUCGUCGACCACCUGAGCAAAGGCCUGCGACAUACACGCAUAGCUCCACUUUGGUGGGAGACAAUAGCCAACGACAAGACUACACCUCCGACACAGCGAUGGAAGCUGAGGUGUAAAAACCACGGGGAACGAAGGUGGUCAGGUGAUGGGCAAUCGCAGUCUCUCCACUAGGUAUUUUAGGCCUGCACAUCAACCGUAUCCAACGCCUGCACA